GAAGAGAUAAGAUACUCGAGCAGGAAAGUACGAAGGUGUCGAAUGUGACUAAUAUAAAUGGUUUAGAAAAAAAAAACAAAUAAUGGGGAAAUUAAUUUGGGUACUAUUGUGUUUAAUAAAACUAACAUUAUCCGAAGAAACGUAUCAAAAUUCGUCCCAUAUAUGCGAGAAAUGCACAUGCCUGGAUAAUGACUCGUUUUUAUUGGACUGCUCCAAUCAGAACAUCCAGCACGCAUUAGCCAACUGGCCUCCACAUAAUAAGUCACUAGUCGCAACGUUCAGUUACAACAACAUAAUCACCCUGGAAAGGCUACCGUUCACCAAUCGAACGGCUAAAUUGAUAUUCGAUCACUGCAAUAUACAGUAUUUAGAUGUUGGAGUGUUUUCGAACAUCAAAUACGUCGAAUAUAUAGAUUUAAGCUACAAUUUAUUGACGACCGAACAAAUAUCCGGAGAAGAUUUCAAAGGACCCUACGAUAACAAGCAGUACCGAGAGAUAGCCGUGAAACAUUUAAACCUGGCCUACAAUCAAAUACACAGCCUGCCGCAGAAAUUCUUCGAGAGCAUGCCCUAUUUGGAGGAACUCAAUUUAGAAGGGAACGAUUUCAAAGUUCUGGAUCCUCUCACGCAAGUAGCGCUGGGAUCGCUGCAACACAUCAAGGUGCUCAAUUUAGCCAACAACGAGCUCACCGAAUUGGAAUCGAGCAUCAUGCGUAACCUACACACUUUAAUCGAAUUGGAUUUGUCUUCCAACGAACUGGACUUCGUGCCUACUACUUUGAAUUACAUCAGCAAGAACUUGAAGGUGCUCAAACUGAACGAUAAUUACAUCUUCAAACUCGACGGUCAGAGUUUUCUGGGUUUAAAUUUGACCGAAAUCCAUUUAAACAAUUUACCGAGAUUGAAAUUGAUCGAAGCAAACACUUUCGCCACGCAAAAGAGCCUCAAACGAUUGUACGUUAGUAAUAAUUUGAACCUUCGUGCGAUCGAUAAAGAAGCUUUCGCGGACAACCAAAUUUUAGACGAAUUAGAUUUGAGCAACAACUCCCUUACCAGCAUCGAUUUCGGGUUGAACUGGUCGAAAUUGAAGGUUUUGAGGAUCGAUUCGAACAUGCUGGAGUGCACUUGCGCUUUGUAUAACAUUACGAAAGCUCUAUCGGAGUCGAUAACGAGAACUUUGGAGAGUCCGGUGUGUUUCUACGACGUCGAAGACACGAUUCAAAGAGUGGACCAUUUAGAGGAAGGAAUAUGCUCGGGGAAACCACCGGUACAUAUAACGAAGAUAAUGAAGCAUUUCAACACAAUAAGAUUAGCUUUUAUCCUAGUAAGUUCUGUAUUAAUAACAAGCAUGGGAGUCCUGGUGGCUAUAGCAGUUUUACGGUACAAAAAACGAGUAACCCUAAGGAAUUAUCCUUUCAUGGCGCAAGUUAAUUAUUAUCCCAUUAUCAACACACAGCACAUUUGAAGAGAAUCCUUUCUACAUAGCAAGUUGUACGUGAAUUAUUUUCUAAAUUAUUUAUAAAAAUGGUAUAUUUGUUUUUAAUGUUUGCGCUCGUCGAAAUUACAAUAAUAAAAU